AUGUCGAUAUUCAAUUUGCUCGGCAAAUGUUUUCCAACCGGGCCCAGGCCGCCACGCGCCUGCCCGCUGCAAUUUACUGUUUUCACGCCGUCAUCCAGCGACAUGGCAGUCAUCAACUCCACCUCUCAAAUCGCCAACAAGGUCACCCGGUCGAAAGUCUCCAAGAGUCUCAAACGUGACAAGGCCCAGGCGAAACUAACUCGGCGAGUUGCGCAAAAGAAGGCCGAAGCAGCCGACCCCUCACUUCGCGAAGCUCGACUGAAAGCAAACGUUCCUCGGACGAUCGAAGGAACGAAAGAAUGGCUUGGCGACGAUGGCGAUGACGAGCGGAUGCUCCCGGUGAAGGUCGAAUAUUUACCGCAGACGGAGGAAGGCGCUGAUGGAGCCGAACCGGGAUUGGACAACGUGCAUUUUGACAUGGGCAGACUUCAUGAUCUCUUUUCACCCUACAUGAACGAAGAGAUCCCUCCUGCUGUUCCUGCAGAUGCGCCCCCAAAUCCGCCUGAAGAUUCGCACCCAGAACAAGGCACCAGCCAACCCGAACCUACUGCGCCACCGGAACAGCAGCCACGCACAUUGAUCACAACCUCGCCGAGACCCUCAGAAUUCACCCUGGCAUUCAUGCACGAGCUUGGUGGCCUGUUUGGGGGAUCGAGGAACUGCGACAUUAUACCUAGAAAGACGAAACGAUUCGAACUUACUCGUGUUUGUCGUUGGGCCUGUGAGCGAGGUUACGCAAGCCUGGUUGUCAUUGGCGAAGCUCAUGGUGGCCGUAAUCGGAGUGGUCCAACGCACAUGACGAUUUCCAGAUUACCCUACGGUCCUACUGCCUCCUUCAGGAUGACCAGUAUCGUCCCGAGUAAGGCUAUCCCCGGACACGCCAAACCCACGUCACAUUUCCCUGAACUUGUCCUCUCCAACUUCUCGACUCCGCUCGGUUUGAGCAUCGGAACUCUUCUGCAAUCCGUCUUCCCCCCUCUCCCCGAACUUGAGGGGCGACAGGUCGUGAGCAUGCAAAACCAAAGAGAUUUUGUAUUUUUCCGCAGAUACCGAUAUGUCUUUGCUGAACGAGAAAAGGUAUUUUUAAAGGAGGGAGAUGAAACCAUUAGGACUCGACUUCAAGAAAUCGGACCCCGAUUUACGUUGAAAGUGAGAUGGUUGAAGCGGGGUACUCUAGCUGGCGGAUUGAACCAGAAUGUCUUGCCAGGUCAGAUAGGCCGAGAGAGAAAACUAGGAGAGCUGGAAAGACAGCAAGAAGCAAGCAGAGCGGGGCGGCGACGCCAAGAAAGAAGUAAAGAUACGGGCAACCUAGCCACUUCCUCCAACGUUGCAACCACCGAUAUGUCAGCGCCCACGACAUCCACAGCAGCAACUAAUACUCCAGCUUCUCGUCCAACAUCUUCCAAGAAGAGGAAGCAAAAAUCUAAAACAUCUGCCGGGAUCGAAGAGAAGUUCCUAAGGGGAGAGCGAUCCGAUUCCGAAGACCCUGAAACCUCGGAGAAACCCAGGAAAAGUGGAGGGCUAAAUGAAUUCAUGAAAAAUGUCAAACAGCGGGCUAGUCAAGGUCGCAAUACCAGCCGUGAAUUGGAGUGGGAAUGGAAGCCGAACAUGGGAGUAUCUCGUCGAAAAUUCUUCCUCUGA